AUGCCGGAGAACCCGGGCCAGAGAGGAGGAACAGGCCCAGGCGGCAGCACGGUGAGCAAACAGCGAGGGCGGAAGGGGCAAGGCAGCGGGAGGCGAGGCGGGGGGGGAGGGCCCGGGAGGCAACACAAAACCCGGAGGCGGCCCAGCGGGCGGCAGCACAGGGACGAAGGGCCAACCAGGCCGGGAGAGGGGGACGACGCCAAGAAAGCCGGAGCCAACGGCUGCGGGACGGCGGCGGGGAGCGGGCCGUUUCCAGGCGGGCCGGACCGGCGCCGGGGCGGCGGCACCGGGGGAACACGCGGAGCAGGAGGAAGGAACGGGCGAGGCGAGGGAGCGGCGAGGCCGGGCAGGGCGGGAGCUCCAGGCAAAGACGCGGAAUGGCGGCGAAGGCAGGCGGAAGAGCCGGGCGGAGGGCAGGUGGAAAGGGGGAGCCGAGGGCGAGGAGGGAGGAGGCGGCGGGGGGCGGAAAGGAAAGGCAAGAGUCAAUGGCACGGGAGGGCAAAGAGCCGCGCGCUGGGAGAAGCAAGGCCGAGGACAGUGACAAUCAGGGAAAACAAGAAAACAAACAAGCAAACGGGAGGGCCAUGGAGGGAAAGGAAAAGAGUAAAACCAGCCACAGGGGGCAGCACAAACAGGGGAAAAGCCAAAAGACAGGAGGAAGGGUCGGGCGCAAGGACAGGCAGGGACAAGGAGCCGGGAGGGCCGGAAGCACGGCAGCGGCAGCGGGCGGCGGCGGCGGGGGCGCGGCAAGCGCCAGCCGGGGGUCGGGGGCGAGCACCGGGCCGCGGGCGGCCGCGCGCAGGCGGCAGCAAACGAGACCGACGGGAGAGCGGCCGGGGCCGGCGGCGGCGGGCCACGCAUCGGGGCCACGGCAGCCCCAAGCCCCAAGAAGGCGGCAAACUCAGAGAGCGGGCGGCAACCACGCAAAGGCAGGGGGGACCGCGGCAGACCCACCAGAAAGGCGGGGCCGGCAACGAGGGGGGCAAAAGAAGGCGCCAGAGAGGGGAGCAAGGCGCGGCAAAAGCGUGGCGGCGGGAAAAGGCCAGCCCGGGAGAAGGGCCCGCGGCGCGGGAAGGCGCUCGGAAGCCGCUGAGGGACAAAAAAAGCGGGGUGCAGCCGGGAGGCGCGAACGGGGACGGUGGCGCACAGGGGGCGGGCGGGCGGCGGGCAAAAUGGAGCCCAGGCCACCGCGUGAGCGGGGGGCCACAGGCCGAGGAGAGAGGGGCAAACCGGCGGGCGGCCCGGCCGAACCGGGGCCGGACGGCCACGGCAGGGCGCAGCAGGGGCCGGGGAAAAAGGACGCAGGCGAGGGCACAGCACGCGGGGGCAGGAACGGGCACGGCAACCACGGGCACGGGAAAACCAGAGAAAGGCACGGCGAAGCCAGGCCGGCGACGGGGGCCAAGGCAGAGCCACAAAGAAAGAGCAGCGGGCGUCCGGGGCAACGGGCGCAAGACGGAAGGAGCGGGCAAGCCAGGGGGGGCCCGGGGGCGGGCGGCGCGCGCCGAGGCACCGGCGGCGGGGCAGCGGCGCGACGGCCGCGGCGAGCGUCGGGGCGGGGGGCGCGGCGCGGCCGGGGGGCGGGGGCGGGGCAGGCCGGCUAGCGGGCAAGCGCGGCCCCGGAAGCCGGCACAGGGCGAGCGGGGGGAGACGCGCCCACGCAGGGAAAGCGCGGAACACCGACGGCAGGCACGGCGGCGGCACGACGGGGGACCACGGGGCGGCCGGAGCAGCGAGACGCGGGCGAAGGGCGAGCGCGGGAGCGGCGCGGCGGCAGCCGCCGGCACAGCGCCGACGGGCACCGAGAAGCGGGGCGCAAGGCGAGCGGCAAGGGCGGCGGGGCGGCAGCGUGCGGCGCGACGACCAGGCAGCCCAAAGAGGCAACCAGGGCGCACAGCCGCGCGGCCCAGGAGCCGCGGCCCAAGCAAGGCGGCGGGCAAGCCAACGGACCGAGCGCAGGAGGGAGCCAGCCGACGGAGACGGACGGGGCGAGAAGGGGAGAGAGUGUGGGAAGCGGGGGCUGGAGGCGGGGGCGGGGGCCGCGCAGACAGGGGAGGAAGGGGCCCACGGGGCAAGGCAAGCCGGGAAGCGGGCCCGAGGGAACAGGCGGCAGGCGAGGCCCCGGGCACGGAGGGAGCACAGGGGCGGGCAGAGACCGCCCAGGCACAGGCGGAGGCGAGCGACGGGCAGCGGCGAAAGACGCCAGGCGGAGACAGGGACGCAACACGGGCGCAAGGCCCGGCCCAAGGCGGGGAACGCGCGGCAGGCGCGGGCAGGAACGGCCCCCCGGUAGGACGGCGGGCGAACGAGGCGGAGGGCGCACGGCGACCAUGGGCGAGCACCAUAGGAGGGCCGAGAAGGCCAAACCGCGGGGCCGCGGCUGGGCCGCCGGAUACAGCGCCGCGAGGGCAAAACCAGCGCGGGGAACUAGAGCAAAAGCAGGAGAGGGGGGGGGAACAGCCGGGCGGAAAAAGGGCAACAAGCGCCGACGAAGAGGCGGGAGCAACGCGGAGCCGGCGGCCGGGGCGAACCCGGGAGAAGCGGGGGCGCCAGCGCCGAGAGGAAGCAGAAAAGCGGGCAGCGGGCCCGGGUGCGCAAACGCGCCAAGCCGCCAAACCGAACGCGGCACGCGCAGCGGCGCGGAAAAGGGCGGAAGAAAAGCAGGGGGGGAGGGGAGCCAAGGCGGCGGAAGCGCCGCAGCGAGACCAGCGGACCACCGCGGAGAGGCGGAGGGAAGGGGGGGAAGGCGCGCAAAAACGGCAGCCGCAGUUGGACCGGGGCAGCGGAGAGACCCGUGAGGAGCAGACAGAGAGAGAACGGGGGCGGGGCGCCGCGAGGCGCAGGGGCGCAAAGCGGCGGGGCGCGCGGCAAGGGGCGGGAGCACAGCAGGGCAAGAGGGCAGGGGGGCCCACAGAAAGCCGAGGGGCGGACACAGGGCGAGAGAAUGGGGCGGGCGGCAACGACGGGGGACGGCGGGAAGCGGGAGGAGGGGGAGGGGGGCCGAGGCGAGGGGCGAGAGCAGCGGCGACAAGCGGUAGCAAGAGGGGGAGGGGGGCGUGGAGAAAACCCGGGGCGCAGCCCCGAGAGCAGCGGGGCCAGGGCGACGAGAAGCGGGAAGCAGAGCGGCAAGCCGAGGGAACGGAAGAACGACGGAACGGACGGGAAGAAACUGCGGGAGGGGGAGGGGCGUACGAGGCGUGGACAGGGCGGCGUGGCCAAGCGCGCGAGAAGGAACGGGCCCGGGAAGGAAGCAAGGGGGACAAGAAAGGCCGGAGGGAAAGGAGGGCCGGCAGGGAGCAGAGGAAAGGAAAUGCAAGAGGAGGAAGGAGGCCAGGGCGAAGGGGCAACGAAGAGAGAGGGAAAGAAGAGCGCAAGGGCGAGGACGGGUACCCAAAAAGGCGGGAGGAGAAGAGGGCAAGAACGGAGGUGGGAGGGAAACAGUUGCGGGCCAGAGUGGGCGACCGGGCCGGGGGGGUAGCGGACCGAGCGACGAGGGGCGCGCAAGAGCCGGAACGGGGGCCGGGAAGGAAAGAAGGGCGAGAGAAGAGGGGGGUAGGGGGGCAGGAGGAGAGGGGGAGCCGACGGGGGGCCCGGGAACACGAGGGCCCCAAGGCAGGAUCGCAGCGGGGAGGGGGGGACAAAGGGGGGAAGCGCGCACGGAGGGCAGAGAAGGCGAGAAAGAAAGACAAAGGGAAUGCGCAACCCCCGGAGAACGCCCGUGGCGGGGGGAAGGAGGGGCACGAGGAAGGGAGGCAGGAGAGGAGGCAAAACGAAUGGGAAGCCGGCGCAAGACUAAGGGCAAAGGGCCAUAACCGGGGGAAAAAAACCAGCGCGGAGCGCGAGGAGGGCAGGCGCGAAAAGGAAAGGUGGACAGGAUGCAGGAAGGGCACAAAGAGGGACAGGGGAGAACAAACAGGGGAACGGGAGGGGGGAAAGGACACGCCGGCCAACCGGAGGCGCCACACACGGGAGGCCAAAGGGGGAGGAAAGGCGUAA